AUGAGAUUCUUUAUCAUCCUUCUUUUGGCUCUUUUGGCUGUCACUGCUCUUGGUAAGUCGAAGUUACAAGUUUAAAGUUAUAAUUAUAGUUUUCAAUUCAAUUUCCGUAUUUCAAAGUAAAAAAAAUUUUUUUUAAAUCUGUAGGAGCAGCCCACCACGGUAAGAAGCCAGCUCACAAAAAGCCAGCCCACCACCCACCAGCCCACAAAGCUCCAGCCCACCACACUUCAGCCCACAAAGCUCCAGCCCACAAAGCCCCAGCCGAAGCCGGUACUAAAGCUCCAUCUGGAACUGGUGCCACUUCAGCUGCCAAGACUACUGGUGCUGCUGCGGCCGCUACUACCGCCAAGGCUGCUUAA